ACCAUGGAAACAAACAUAAACGUUAACUAACGUUAUUCACAAAAGCGAACUGCUGAGUGAGAUUCACCGGAUUUCGACAACUAACGAGCUUUCGUUAAACAUUUCCAAAACAAAUAGAGAUUACCUCAAUCUCUGCUACUUAUUAAAUUGAUAUAUAUUUUUGGCGAUGUCUACGGUUGAAUUCCAAGAUACGAUGGGGGAUAAAGAGGCAACACAAAUGGAAGUUGGAGAUGUCGAAAGAACUUGUGUGAAAAGUGGAGUUAACGCCAUGAAAAAGGAUGGAGCUCAAGAAAACAAGGAAAAUGACAAACAACUUCAAAGCCCACCUAAAGAGAAAAAGGAUUUACAGUCAGGGCCACGAAUGACCAAGAAGUUCCUCAGAGACCACUGUAAGCAGAACAAACUUUACAUUACACCCUGCCUGAAUGACACGUUGUAUCUGCAUUUCAAAGGUUUCUCCACCAUUGAGAACUUAGAGGAGUACACAGGACUGAAGUGUCUCUGGCUGGAAAGCAAUGGGCUUCAACGCAUUGAAAACCUGGAUGCCCAGACUGACCUUCGCUGCUUGUUCCUUCAGCAGAACAUCAUAUAUAAGUUGGAAAACCUUGAACAUCUGAAAAAACUCUCCACCUUGAAUGUCUCCAACAACUAUAUCCACACCAUAGAGAACAUCUCCUGCCUUCCUGACCUGAGCACUCUGCAGAUUGCCCAUAACAAGCUGGAAACUGUGGGGGACAUAGAGCACCUGAGUCAAUGUCUGGCAAUCAGUGUGCUGGAUAUGUCUCACAACCUGUUAAAUGACCCUGAGAUCCUCUCUAUUCUUGAGGCCAUGCCAGAACUGCGAGUGUUAAAUCUAAUGGGAAAUGAUGUGGUGAAAAAGAUCCCAAACUACAGGAAGACUAUGAUUGUGCGCCUCAAGCAGCUCACCUUUCUUGAUGAUCGCCCUGUGUUUUCCAAGGACAGGGCGUGUGCAGAGGCAUGGGCAGUGGGAGGGCUGGAGGGGGAGUGCAAAGAACGGGAGCAGUGGGAAACACGAGAGAGGAGGAAAAUUCAGGACAGCUUGGACAGCAUGGCGAUGAUUCGGAAAAAAGCUCAGGAGAGACGCCGUCUACGAGAGCUACAGGAGAAAGGGGAGACUGACGCUUUAACCACUCCAUGUGAGGAAAACAACCACCAGAUUUUGACUUCAUCAACAGAGAAAAUCAAAGCCUUUGUGCAGGACAGCCUGGAUGCCUAUGAAGAGUUCUCAGACAGUCAAGCAACACUUGAACACAAGCCGAAAGGUGAACAUAUAGAGGAAGAGCAGCCAAUUGAAGGGUUGCAGAGAGAGCAAUUGAAGAAAGACGACCAGGACCAAUCUCAGAUGAAGUGGGCUGUGAGAGAGGGGAAAGAAGAGGUGAAUCCAGAGCAGUCAGCACAAGAGCAAGAAAGUAUUGCAGUGAAGAUGUCAGAGGCAGAGAAAGUGGAAGAUCACAAACACCAAAACCAGUCAUGCUUAACCCAAGACAUGAGAAAUGAAGCAGAGAGAGAGCAGGUGAACAUGAGCGAGCAGCGUGAGAAGAAACAGCCUCCCCCAAUCAGGGCAGCUCCUUCACACACAGAUGAGGUUGUACCAACAUAUGGUCCUGGACCACUGGUUACAGAGCUGGAGGAUGUAGAGCAGCUGGAAACCAUUCACCUCUCACUGAAUCGCUCACUGCAUAUUGAUGACCUGCCUGAUCUGGAGGAUGUGGACACAGAAAACUUUGCUGCAGUGGUCUCUUCUCAGCAGGUGUUCAAACCAAAAAUAGAGGUCAUAUCAGGAGGCAGUGAUGAGGAUGAGCCAACUGGGAACCAGAGCGAGACCAUCCCUACUUCAAAUCCAGACAAAAGUUCAUUGUUCACUGAAGUCUCUAACGAUUCUUCAUCACUGGUGUAUUUGGGGGAUUGGGAUGCCUGUGAGCCAAUGAUAUUCCCACCUGUGGGAGAGUCAAAGACAAACCAAACCUCCUCUGCACCACGCUGCCUGAUUGAGGAGCUGGACUGAUGCUUUCAAGGUUUGAACUAUGCAGUCUCACAGGACAUGGCCUCAAAUUAAAUACACUUUAAACCUGACGGGCAAUAGACUGGUCAUGUGAGACAAUGAAAAGCCCAGUAAGGGCUCAGCUUUAAUUUUAAAAAUGCAUAUUUAAGUGUGAAAAGUAAUUCGUUGUUUAUCAUAUUUGUGGUAAAUAUUUGUAUUUAAGGAUUUCACAGCAUUUUGUUGAUAUGGUUAUUAAUUGUAAAACUGAAAACACAAUAAAUCUGACCUGGUCAAUUUUCUUUUAUAGUGUUUUCCUUUAGGGGCAGUAAUAGCUUUGUACAUUCAUGUUAAAGCAACACAAAUGUUAACUAAUUAUGAUGUUUUUCAACAAAUAAACACUAGGUCUACUAACUUUCCAACAGUUGUUAGUGCAUCUAAAAAAUGGCAACCUGCAGUAUUUUUCAUUUAUUAAAAAUGUAACACCAGA